AUGGCACAAGGUGGCAGAGGGUCUCGCGCUCUCCAUGAGCGCCGCGUGGCGGUGGGGGCAUCUUCCGGCACCCUCGCGGCGCGUAGGCAGUCAAGCACGAGCGGUGAGCAAGAUGAUGAUGAUGAUGAUGAUGACGACGACGACGAUGACGACAUCCACGUCAGUUUGGAUUUCUCCCAGCUUGGUGCUCCGACUGUCCCGGAUAAGACUCGUGUGGCGGUAGCCGCCCCGGAGCCUGAGCCCGCGGCGCCCGGCACGCCGACAUCCGCCGACCCCUCGGCGCCGCGAUCCCUUCAGACCACGGCCACCAGCUCCAGCGGUGGGCUGCUCAUCCUCUCAACCGCCACGGCCAAGGCUGACGGCGGCACAACGAAUGCCGCUGGCCAGGCGCCGAACGCCGUGGGCUCGGCCGCGGCGCCAGUGGAUCUCAGCACCAUUCCCACGUUGGGUGACCGGCCCAUCAUCGAGGUGGACACCUUCUCCUUCAAGGAGAAGCCCUGGCGCAACAAGGACGCCAACCCCAGCGAUUACUUUAACUUUGGUUUCAAUGAGGACUCCUGGCGGGAGUACUGUAGACGGCAGUUGGCUGCGCGGGGUCUCCUGGCAACUGGCCAGAAGGAUGUCAUCUCCCCGGGGACAGCCUCCAUGGCUGAGUACCGGGCCUUGCCGUCGUCGGUGAUGGCUGGCCUCGGGGCCGGUGGGAUGAUGGCCUCGCCGCCGCCGGGGCUCUUCCACAUGGGUGGUCUGCCGCCGCCGCCGCCGCCACCAGGGCACCUGAUGCAUCAUGGUCCGCCCGGAGGGGGCAUGAUGCCGCCCGGGCGGCAUCCUCUGCCGCCGGGCAUGUCUAUUCCCGGGAUGCAUCCCAUGCCGCCAGGGAUGCCAGGGAUGCCGCCGAUGUUCCCGCCCCAUGGCCGGCCCCCGGGUCCCGGAGGGGACAUGGUGCCCUCCAUGGGCCACCAUGGUAACUUGCGUGGACAUGGUGAUGCUCCAGACCGGGGCCAUCGGUCGCGGUCGCGGGCCGACGAUCGGGAUCGGGAUCGGCGAUCUCCAUCCCGGUCAUCCUCGCGUGCUCCCGCCGCCGACCAUCAUGAUGAGUAUGCCGGCGGAUCGGCCGGCUCCGGGCCCAACGACGGGUACGCCUCUUCGUCUUCCUCACGAGACCGGGCCUCGCGAUCCAGUCGCCGGCAGUCCCCCGCCUCAUAUCGCGAUCGGAGUCCAGACCGACAUGGGGAUGGUGGCCGCGGCCGCAAUGGCGAUGGCGGUGGCCGCCACCGAGGGUCCUCCACACGCAACCGAGACCGGAGCACUUCUGGCCGGUGAUAGGGCGCCUCCUCCCUGUCAUCCCCGCCUCCCCUCCCCUCCCCCCCCCUCUCUCUCUCUC